AUGAGACUUUAUGCCGCCCCGGACGCAGUGAUGUGCCGAUCCUUUCCCCCCACGCUCAGGAGGGAGGCUAGGGACUGGGUAGCAACCUUGUCCCCACGCUCCAUCAAGUCAUUUGAUGAGCUCUCCAAGAGCUUUGUGGCUUAUUUCCUAAGCAACAAGAAGAAGAGGAAGACAACCAUUGUGUUGAUGCAGGUUGUACAGGACAAGGACAAGUCAUUGCAGGAAUACUUAGCUAGGUUCAGCUGGGCGACUCUUGGCAUUAGAGACCUGCAAAUGUCCGCAGUGGUUAUAGCCUUGAUGAAUGGAACGCAAAACCGGGCCUUUAAGAUGUCACUCUCCAAGAACCCCCCGGAGUCGAUGCAUGACCUAUUAAAGAAGGGAGACAAGUAUGUCGAUGCGGAGGAAGCGAAGAAGGUAACUAAAAAUCUCAGGGAUGGAAGGGAGAGGGAAGCUAGUAAGCGAAAAACAUAUGACAAGGAAAGGCACAAUGAUAAAAAUAAGUGGAAGAAUGAACGCACGAGCAAGGGUUAUGUCCAAGACCGAGAUCACGGGCAUGAUACCGAAGAAUGCCGACAGUUAAAGGAAGAAAUUGAGCGCCAGCUGAGACAGGGGCUAUUGGCGAAGUAUGUGAAAAAUGAUAAGGGCAGGCAAAGGGCCGAAGGUAUACCCCCACCAAGAGCAGAAGUUAUAAACAUGAUCAUCGGAGGAGUAGCAUCGGGCGGCGACUCGAAUUCAGCUAGGAAAAGCUAUGCGCGUUCAGUAGGGGUCUGCUCUAUUCAGAAAAAAGCAAGAUUCAACCAGAGUAUAACUUUCGAUGAAGAGGACUUGAUUGGUGUAACACACCCCCAUGAUGACGCCUUAGUAAUAGUAGGUGAUAUUGCGGAUUUUGACGUAAAGGGGGUGUUAGUCGAUGGAGGGAGUACGACAAAUGUCCUCACCUGGGAUGCCUUCUUGGGUCUGAAAAUCCCCCAAGAAAAGUUGAAGGUGGUGACUACCCCCUACAAGGCUUUGGAGGGGCAACAGUGA